AUGCCGAUCAAUAGCAUCACCGAUACCCUCUCCCUCCCCAACUCCCAGCGCGUCCCGCGCCUCGGCUUCGGCGUCUAUCGCUCCCCGCAAGACCAAUGCGUUCAGUCUUGCCUCAAGGCAUUGGACGUGGGAUAUCGUCACAUAGACACCGCACAAUUCUACGCCAACGAAGCUGAAGUCGGUGAAGCUCUGCGUUCCUCCGGUCUACCCCGCGAUCAGGUCUUCGUCACCACCAAGAUCCUCAGCCCCGCCGGUUCGACCGACGCAACCUACAAGAAGCUGCUGGACAGCGUGGAGAAGAUCGGCGGCCCUGACGGAUACGUGGAUCUAUUCCUCAUUCACAGCUCCAGCUCUGGUCCUUCGGGGCGCAAGCAGCUCUGGCAAGCACUAGAGCGCUUGCACCAAGAGGGCCAUGCGAAGAGCAUCGGUGUGAGUAACUUUGGCGUCAAGCAUAUCGAGGAACUGCGCUCCUUCGCCAAGGUGUGGCCGCCACAUGUGAAUCAGAUUGAGCUCCACCCUUGGUGUCAGCAGCGGACGAUCGAGGCAUACUGCAAGCAGAACGGCAUCAUCGUCGAGGCCUACUCCCCCAUCGUGCGCAACUACAAGGCCAACGACCCCACACUCGUCGAAGUGGCUCAGAGAUACAACAAGUCCACACAACAGGUUCUGAUCCGAUAUGCACUGCAGAAGGAUUGGGUGCCAUUGCCCAAGACAGACAGCCCCGAACGGAUCGCCGCCAACGCCGACGUUUUCGACUUUGUUCUCAGUGCCGAUGAUCUGGAUCUGCUAGACUCGCUUGAUCAAGGGAGCGCAGGAGCUAUCGUCGAGGCUGUUGAAAACGAGUGA